AAAUGAGCUAGAACCAAAAGAGAUGAUCUAUAUGUAUUAGUAUAUGUGUUUACUUCACGAACCAGAAGAGAGAAUCCGUAUUUGUUUCCUCAAGAUCCAUGAGGUUUCCUCAUCCAAUUCCGGCCUUUAAGAUUGAUAAAGUUGAAUAAAACAAAAUUGACAUGUGAAACAGAACAUCGACAUUUGCAGGUUUCCAUGUCUGAAAACAAUUUGUUUUUUAGGUUUUAUCUUGAUUAUUUUCUUUUUCAGGGACGAGGUUUAUGUAAUGGAGAAGAAGGCCUUGAAUAUGUCGACCGCAAUUCUCUACAAUGCGUUUGAAAUUGGGCUUGGGUUAUAUUCUCAAAGAGAUGGAAUUUUUGGUGUUUUCAUUUUUAGUGUCAAAUUGUCCCCUUUCUUUCCCUUGGAUCACUUUUGCCAGUUGUCUGCUGCUGGCUUCUUUAUUUUCAUAAAAAUAUGCUGUCCGUUUUAGAAAAGAAAAACAUUUAAAACUUGAAUUCUUUAAAGAAUGGGACCAAAAUUAUGGGUCCAAAGUCAACAAUCCAAACAUCUAACUGGAAAUAUGGAAAUAUUGGAGCUUUAAAAAACGGCAUCCGGCCAUAAAAGAGCCUAAAAUUAAGAGUGCUGUUAAUCCAUAGUCUUCUCUUCUUCCUCACUCCUACAAAAAAAAAUACAACCCUAUUCUCAACAUUUGUUCAAUCGCAAGAAAAUGUCGAAUGCCAUUCAAUUCUUUGAACUGUUUAACAAAACCAAGAUUCCUUCUGUAGGUCUCGGCACAUGGCAAUCGGAGCCUGGUCUUGUUGGUGAUGCUGUUACUGCUGCUAUUAAGAUGGGGUAUCGUCACAUUGAUUGUGCUCAAAUUUAUCGCAACGAAAGGGAGAUUGGUUUAGUUUUGAAAAAGCUCUUUCAAGAUGAUGUGGUGAAACGAGAAGAUUUGUGGAUCACCUCUAAGCUCUGGUGUUCUGAUCAUGCACCAGAAGAUGUACCAGUUGCAUUAGACCGAACACUGAAUGAUUUGCAGCUUGACUAUAUCGACUUAUACCUUAUACAUUGGCCUGUUAGGCUGAAGAAGGGAUCUGUUGGAUUAAAGCCUGAGAAUCUUGCUCCAGUAGAUAUUCCAAACACAUGGAAAGCAAUGGAGAAACUUUAUGACUCUGGGAAGGCGAAAGCAAUUGGUGUUAGCAAUUUUUCCACCAAGAAAUUGGGUGAUUUGUUGGAUGUUGCACGUGUUCCACCUGCUGUCAACCAGGGAUAUUCGCCGCUUGGUUCUCCGGGGACCUCGUUCAUUAAAAGUGAUGUACUCAAACAACCGAUUCUUAUUUCAGUAGCAGAAAAAUUACACAAGACACCUGCUCAGGUUGCUCUACGGUGGGGUCUACAGAUGGGUCAUAGCAUACUUCCCAAAAGUACAAGUGAAUCCCGGAUCAAAGAAAAUUUUGAGAUUUUUGACUGGUCAAUUCCUGAUGAUUUGUUCACUAAGAUCUCUUCUGAUAUCGAGCAGGCUAGGCUUCUGAGAGGUACUUAUUUUGUUGAUGAGACUCAUGGUCACUACAAGACAGUCGAGGAACUAUGGGAUGGUGAAAUAUGAAUGCUGCCUGGUGUAGGAUUUUGCUUUCCAUGCUAUUCUACUUUACUCUUUACCUUUUAAGAUUUUCCUUAACCUUUCUUAAUGUGACGAGUGAAAUCUUAAACACUACUGUUGUGCAUUGUGGGAUGGAUGUUAUGUUUGAUUGUUAAUUUUCUUCUAUCUAUACAUUCCUAUUCCGGUGGUGAUUGUUAGUGUA